AUGGGUCGGAGAAAGUUGGAGAUGAAGCGAAUUGAAGACAAGAAUAGCAGACAAGUGACAUUUUCUAAGCGGAGAUCAGGGUUAAACAAGAAAGCGCAACAACUUUCCGUUCUCUACGAUGCUACUGUCGUCGUCGUCUUCUCCUCCAAUGACAAGCUUUAUGAAUACGGUAGUCCAGCUAUGAAAGCUCAUAAGGCUAACAAAAGAAAGAACACGUGUUGUGCACAGAAGGUGUCCAAUGACAUACUUAAAAAACAUGUAAUUUCUAUUUCGACUUUGUUUCUUUAA